AUGAUUUGCAGAACAUGCCUGCGGCGAGCCUCGGCUCUGCCUCGACUCCCAGCUCCGAGGGCUGCCGCCGCCGUCCUCACCAUCAGACCCUUCUCCCUCUCCGCGUCCUCAAGAAACGCAGCGACGGCGGCAGCGGCCGACAGCGAAACUAAGACGAAAGCGACAGACGCCCCUCCGAACCUCUCAAACCUCAAGAACGACGCACCCCCGCCGCCCAAGUCCAUCUCCUCGUGCCCUGCCGGCACCGUUCUCAACGGUCUGAACUACUUCAAGGCCCGGACGGACCCGGUCGCCCUUCGUGAUGAGGAGUACCCUGAAUGGCUGUGGACGGUCUUGGAGUCCAAGAAGGAGGCCAUCGAGACCGCUGAUGAUUUCGCCGCCGAGAUGUUCUCCAAGUCUAAGAAGCAGCGCAAGGCCGCCGCCAAGCGUCAAAAGGCCCUCGAGGCCAAGCUCGUCGCCGAAGGCGACAUCGAGGCCCUCGCGCCCAAGGUCCCGCUGUCGCAGCAGUCCAUCAACCUGCCCGGUGAGAAGGGCGGCGACGUUGAGCACAACCUGCACGCGGCGGCCAAGAGAGACGAGCUGCGCAAGGCAAUGCGCAAGGAGCGCAAGUCCAAGAUCAAGGAGACCAACUACCUCAAGUCCAUGUAA